CUUUCUACUUCAUAUAUAAAAGAAAAUAUAGUCCUCAUUUUUAAUAGGCCAUAGCCAAACUUUUCUUCUAAACUCUCUCUCUUAAAAUCCACAACACCAAAAUUUAUAGACAAAAAAAUCCUAGAUAUGAACCGUGGAGAGAUCAUAAUUAUUUAUAAUGUUAUUUUGGUUAUACUCUCAAUUAUUAUCACAAUUCUUGUUAUCCUCCUCUUCAUUUGUUGCAAGAAAAAACCAAUCAAAGCUGAAGAAACUCUUCCAACAAAACAAAGUGCAUCUUCUUAUUCUUUAAUGGAUAUUCAUACAGCUACAGAUGGAUUCAACUAUCGUAGAAUCAUCGGUCAAGGCCGAAUAGGAAGCGUCUACGCCGCCAUAUUACCAAACGGAGAACAAGUAGCAGUGAAAAGAAUACAUCCAAGUUUAGUUUUAAGCAAUGCUGGCUUAGGUUUUUCGUCGAUAAUGAAAUGGCUUUCUUUAGUUGAUCAUCCGAAUAUCGUGUCAAUUUUAGGGUUUUCUGAAGCUCCAGGUGAAAGAAUUGUUGUUAUGGAAUAUGAAGGUAUGUUAAGUUUGGAUUUUUAUUUACAUCAAAAUUAUGAUGGUGUAGCUCUAUUGGAUUGGAGUUGUAGGUUAAGAAUUGCUGCAAAUGUUGCUAAGGGUAUAGAAUAUUUGCAUGAAGUUAUGGCACCUAAUAUAAUACAUGGUUGUAUUAAACCAUCAAAUAUAUUAAUAGAUGUUAAGUUUUGUGCUAGGGUUUGUGACUAUGGUUUGUAUUUUUUUUUGGGAAAUAACUAUGAAAGGAAAUUAGGGUUAAUGGGGUAUGUAGAUGAUGAAUAUUGGAUUGAAAAAAAAGGUGGUUCAAAGGAAAGUGAUGUGUAUGGAUUAGGUGUGGUUUUGUUGGAGUUGUUGAGUGGAAGAAGAAAUAGUGAUAAUCAAGAAAAUUUGCUUGUGAAAUGGGCAUUGCCUUUGAUUAAAGAAAUGAAGUUUAGUGAAUUUUUGGACCCAAGACUUGUUAUACCAAGUGAUAUUAGACCUAUUGUUAGAUUGGCUAAAGUUGCUUUAGCUUGUGUUGGAAAUUCAAGAAAAAGUAGACCUUCAAUUGUUCAAGUUGCUGCUAUUUUGACUAGCUUAGAAGUUGGAUUAAGCUUCUGAGUCAGAGUAAAAAAUAUAAUAUAUAUUGUCAUCAGAGGCGGGUUCGGGAUUUGAAGAUCGGAGUUACUCAUUACUAAUAUAUCACUAUAUUCUAAAGGCAGAUGUAUAUACAUCGAAUUUUUGUCGAACUUUAGGAGUGCUGGUGACCCCUCUUGGUAUAGCAUAUGUCCACCUCUAUUUGUCAUGCUUACAUAGUUGGAUUAAGCUUCUGAGUCAGUGUAAUUAUAUUUUUAUUAGAGGCGUAUUUGACCCAUGAUUGGCGUA